UCUAGAUACUCUGUGCACCCGAAAUUUAGUUCACUAUUGUGUAUAUUAGUGAUUUUUCGCUCCUGCUGUUUUUCAGUACGCCAUUCAAAAAUAAGAAAAAUUUUAUAAAUUCAGACUACCCAAGCAAUUUUUUCUGGAGUUAAUUUAUGCAAUUAGUAUAGGCACUAUACAACCAUUAUUGGCACUUGUAACAAACAAAUCAACAUAAACAUAGAGGAAAUGUGAAGAGAUCUACAAUUGGAAAAGUGCAACACUCUGAGAUCUCCAAAUGUGUUUUCGAUUAACUUCAACAUGGAAACCAGUUGUCCUGCUUAUGAAGCGCCUGGAGUAAAUCAAAUAAUGGGUAUUAAAUACUAGACGCGAUGACUUGUUUGAUAUUCGAACAACUAUAGUGGGUAAGCUAAAAGGAGUCGUCGCUAAUGAGUACUAAUAAAACGAAACAUCACAACUUAUUAUACUGGUACUUGUAAUAUGGAGAAUUGUAAAAACAACAAUCAACCAACAACAACGUUGCAGCAGCAACAUACACAUCAACAUGGAGCUUCUGUUUCUGCUGUAAAAAUGAAUAGUAAUAGUAAUUGCGCGACGCCAGUUCACUCCGAGCAGCCACGUGGAUCCUUUUUUGAAUAUACACCACCUAUAGGCGAUGCGUCAACGGAUAAUGAUGAUAUUAGUAGCAAUAAAAGCACGCCCUAUUAUACGCCUUUGGAAUUUAUCCAUGGUACCUUUGAGUUUCCGUCGCCCACAAAAUUGGAACACAUGGAAGACAUAGUUGAGUUGCAUUGUUCGUCGCCACCUGCGUCCGAACAAACGGAAAUUGUUUUACAAAGAAAAACACCCACGCCAACUCAUGUCGCUGCGUCACGUUCUUUAGCAGGAGCCAGGCAACAGUUAUCCAGCAGUACAUCGCCGGUUGUGUCGCGAAAAUUAAGACGAUUCUCCCUAUAUGAAAGAAGAUCGUGUUCACCGCAGCAGCUUUUAAUAAAAAAUGCGGUAUCCGCUUCAAUGGAUAGCAGCACGGAAUGUGUGGCCGCAAUGGCGGACAAAGAGAAUGCUAAACCUUUAUAUAGAUCAGGAAUGGCUAUGACGGAAAGGAGAGAUCCGCAUCUACGUUCAAAUAGUGGCAAUAGUUCUCCAAUAGCGCUUUUGGAAGCUGAUGCUGUUUCACCAAAGAUACUCGAUAUUAAUACUGCUGGCGGUAGCAGCAGUAGCACUCGGCUGCCCUGUUCCCCCAAAUUGUUGGCUUCGUUAAAUAAUUUGAAUUUAACUGGUUCUCCACUUGGCGUGAUUAGUUCGGCGGGAUAUAAAAAUGGCAACUACUUUAAAUUUCCAGAGAUUGAUCAAGUGGUACAUGAUCAAUCCGGUCCUGAUCCACCAACUGAGGAUGCCUCCCCUUGUGUGUGUGACAAUCAACAAACGCGAAACAGCAGACAACGGAACAAUGGGUCCAGCAAAGAACGCCAAAAGUCAGUUUCCUCUAAUAGCAAUUCAAAUACAUGUUUGAAUAGGAAUUGCCAGGAAUCACGCAACGAUCCAACGACAACAUCAACGUCCACCAAACCAAGUGCAAUACAUUCAACUGCAGCUGACGGUAAAAAAAAUCGGAAAAAUAAAAAUAAUUUGACUAUAAAAAUUACGGAUGUGCCCUGUACUAUAAAGGGACCAAGCGCGAUCGUACCGACCUCUCCUUCUCCUUCAUCAAAACCGAAAACACCAACAAUCAAAAGCACCAAAGAGAAAGCACUGUCACUUGACUCAGCAGCAAAGGAAUCAGAACUAACAAUUAUAGUUUCGUCUGGCGGGCGAAACAAUUCCCACGCCAGUUGUGAUGAGAUCGACGCUCAAACGCUUCGCCGUGGCUAUCUUCCGCUGCAACAAUUUAUGCCGCGUAGCGUUAGUGGUGCACGUUUCGAGCGGGUAAGUGGUGAUCGCUCUUUGCGAAUUCCCUCGGCGGCCGCAAGUAAUCGUUCCACCUCCCUUUCGCAACUGGCACUGCUAGGUGAUGGUAUGCUUACUACACAUGCCCAUCUUCAAACUCAAUCUUUAUGUCCGAGUAGUACUACAUCUUCAUUAAAAACACCACUGAGUGGUAGUAGUUUUCCUCGGACACCGCGUCGCCGUUUACCCGGCGGUAGUAGCGCGAGCAGCAAUGCGUCUACCGAAUGGUUGGCGGUCUAUCAUCGCAACCGAAACUCUGCAGACGCCUAUGCUACUAUUGGAGGAGAAUCUGAGUUGUCAGAACACCCGCAAGCCGAUGCCGACACCGUAGUCGUUCUGCCGGAAGGUACCGACAAUGGAGGAAGGACAGGUAGUAACAACACUCUGUUGACAGCGCCUUACGCGCCUGGAACGGCAACGCUGGCUCUCACACCACAUCGUGGAAUCCAUAAGCAUAACGCCAUGCUACACGCAUCAAAUACGAAUUUAAAAACUCUUCCUGAAUUCCUAACACUGGUCGAAUUUUCAACAACGACGAAUGCAUCUAGUGCGCAUCAACCGCAUAAACAAAAGUCUAUGGAGCUGCCCAGUGCUACGAUGCGACCUAAACCGAUAUCAUCAGCUUCUUCCACGAAUUUGCUACAGCGUCGCGGCUCCAAUCACAGUCUAACGCUGAAUCUACACGGUUCGUGCAGUAAUUUACUUGGUAAUUGUCGCAGCGGUUUAAGUGUCUCCAACUAUAGUCUUGGUCCCGCCGUUACUAAUUCCACAACAAACUUAAAUUCGAAAUCAAGUUGCAAUAUAGAUUUAAGUGGUGCGCCCAUUAUAACACAGCCACAUGCUCAUGCUACUCCAACACAAGGUGCCAAACAGAGCCUUUUCCGACGACGCGGUUCUAAUCAAAGUCUUACGCUAACAAGUCUAACAGCAGCCUCAUGCGGAAAUCUCAAUUCCUACGCCAGCCAACAUUCGCUGAACAAGGUUACACGCACUUCUUCAUUUAUCACACAAACUCAGAACACCACCAGUAAUGCUACGACUAAGCGUGGGCUUUUGGAAAGACGUGGCUCCAAUCAGAGCCUCACACUGAAUAUGGGCAGUUCAUUUGGCGGAAUCGGCACCGAAAGACAAGUGCACGCCAGCAGUAGUCUCUUUUUGGGUGACACUUGUGUCGAAGAAUCCGAUAUGAGUGCAUUGCAUUCGAAGCCAUCCUGCUGUGCACCACCCACACCGCAUAGGCGAUUUUUCAGUAGCGAAAGUCUGAAUCGUGGCUCCACACCUUUUGCAGAUUUGAAUCAAGCUCACCGACGAAACGCUAAGCAAGUUUGCUUUGGUUCCGUAUCAGAUCUUAAGCCAAGCGCCAGUAUGUUGUUGGAUUGUGCCGUUAACGGUGGAGGUGGUGCAGGCACUGGCAGUCAGCAACAGUUGGGCGAAGUACGCCGUGAUAGCUUCAAUUUUCAGGAUAGCACCGUGUGUUCAUGCACUGGUGUACGAAAUAUUAUGACGCGCCCAUUGUCUCCGCAGAGUACAAGUGAAGAGUUCAAAAUCUACUUAGCCAAUAUACAGAUGCUACAGAAUGCUUCCAAUGCCCUUAAUCAGCUUGAUUUAAUUAAACUGAAUUACAUUUUCGACAACACCUAUGCGUCGCAUAACAAAGGAUUAGCGGAACAAGCAGUACCAAUGUUAAGUGUCCGUGCUAAUAAAGAGGCCGAAACACCGCCGGGCACCAGAGUUACUACUUCCGAAGACUGCGAAGUAGCUGAACGCUAUUUGGCAGCAGUGCAAUCGGUGCUCACAACGGUACAACCAGACGAUGAUGAGCAAAAGCGAAUCUUCUGCGAUUUGCAUAAAGAAUUUUGGGAUCUUCCGUUGAAUCACCAAGAGAAACCGAUGGUAUUCGGCUCACAGGCCAAGAAUCGGUACAAAACGAUUUUACCAAAUGAAAACUCGCGCGUGUUGCUGGAAAAAGAGGGGAAACAGCUGGCUGAAUUGGCCGAAGAUAUUCGAGAAGAACAUGCAGACUUAGCCGAGCACAUAUCACGGCAACUACACAUAUCCGACGAAGUUCCCUAUAUCAACGCAAAUUACAUAAAGGGUCCGGACUAUACAUCGAAAUGUUAUAUGGCCACUCAGGGGCCCUUGCCGAACACGAUAUUCGAAUUCUGGCUAAUGGUAUACCAGAAUACUCGUCGAUAUUUUCAAACCACCGACAAUAAGGCGGGUACGAUACAAUACUAUCAAAAAGUCAUAAUGCUCACGAAUUUCGCGGAAAACAAUCGACAAAAAUGUGCCGUUUAUUUUCCCAUCGAACUGAACGAAAUAUUCAUAACGACCAGUUGGCACGAGGUCGUUACACCCACUGCGGCGGCAGCGGAUUUUUUUAACGCAUAUUUGCUGCCAAACGAAAGCACUCCACCUCCGCUAAACUUGGCUGAUGGCGGUACAGAGCCUGAACCUCACAUCGGCAUCGAAUACUAUCAGGCCGAAGUUAGCGAGGAACUGCAACCCUUUCUACCAUCGACGCGUGGCAAUUACUUCGUUAUCAAGAACAUUGGGAUCGUGCGUAAGAACGGUUUCUCGAUACGUAAGCUGGUCAUUUUGUAUUGCAUCAACAUCGGCGCUAAUACUAAGGAGUCUAGUGCUGGCAACCGCAACACAAUCUUGCUAAUCAACCGUUUGUACUGUUAUCAUUAUUGGUAUCCCGAUUGGCCCGACCACCGCUCGCCACGCGACAUCAAUACAUUGCUCGACAUUUGUUUGCACAUACUUAACCUCGGCAAAUGCGAGUCGGAAUUUGAUUCCUUCGAAAUAGACGACGACGACGACGACGUUAUUUCGGUCCUACAACCACAAACAACGCAUGCUUCGCAUAUUGCAGCGCAACCGGUAGAUUUGUAUCAACAGGAUAUAUUCAAUGCCAUGCAGCCACUGCCAGUUAUACAUUGCUCCGCAGGCAUCGGACGCACUGGCUGUCUGACAGCCAUACUAAAUGCUGUUCGACAGCUACGACAAUCAUUCGCCUAUUCGCUAACCACAAUGGCCGCAGAGGCUCGCAAAAAGCAGGAAAGCAGCGCUGGCGCUGGCGGUGAAUUAGCCGCACAAACGCUACUCAGCCCUGUAGACUUUGCAUUACCUAGCCGGUUCGUAGAAGAAGCGCAGCGCGCUAUUACAACGCCGAACGGGGUAAUCGACACGGAGAGCAGUUUCACACGUAAUACGCUCUACUACAUCAAUUACAUACUGCGACAUAGACAGCAGCAACAAAGUGACGAUGAUGAGCAUAAGGAUAACCACGAAUUAGAUGGAGUAACAGCUGAAGCGGAGUCGUUGCCUUGGCCAUUGCCAACUAUAAAUGAUCUGCCAAAAAUUCCCGACAUUUUUGUCGAUGUGUUGGGCAUUGUCUGCAAUCUGCGUCUCCAACGCGGUGGCAUGGUACAAAAUUCGGAGCAGUACGAAUUAAUCCAUCGAGCUGUAUGUCUAUAUUUGAAGCGUACAUUUGCGUUGAAGCGUUUCUAAGCUCAAAAUCGUAAGAUAAUUAAAAAUAAUAAUAUUUAGCAAUAUCUUUGCAGGAGUAACACUCCAAGGCUAAGUUCACGUAAUAAGUAAUUAGCUCAAAGCGUAUCGAAUAGCAUGCUAAAGCUGUUGACUGUUAGCAAAUGCAUUUGUAUGUAACAUAAUUAUAAUUAUUAGUUUUGAUACCCGAGCACAGCUCCGUUGAAGAUGGAGUAUUUUAUAGCUUUUCGAUUUACGAUACUAUUUAUUAUUAUUUUUCUAUAAGACUACAUAUAAGCGCAUUAAUUUAAAUACGUUUUUAGUUCGUUGAUUUAAUCAAAUGAAUUAGUUCAAAGCCAGUUAGAUUUAUAUUGUCAGAUGAGAAGCGAAAAACCUGCAAAAGCAAUCUCAAUAAAUCGAAAGUCUUUUCUAAAUCGACUUGUAAACACUUUUCUGAAUCGGGAAGGAUCCAAUAUUAAAAUAUUACGUUUUGAAUAUUAUGCCCAAAUUGGGUUAUGCAGUCAUUUAAGUAAAUAAUACGUGUUUACCUUGAAAUGUAAACAAGCAUGCUUGAACAGCUGUGUCCAAACACCAAAAACAGAUUUGAAAAUCAAAAAAGUUUAUAAAUCCGUUUAUAUAAUAUUAGAAAUUGCGAGUAAUUUAAGCAUAUUUUAAAAAAUCGAUAUCAUCAAAAAACGCAUUUUAGAAACACGGCAAUUCUACCACAUUUUUUCAAAUAAGUUUUGUUUGCCUUUACGCAAAUGUACGUGAAUAUGAGCACGAUCCUUGAUGGCGCAUUGGAAUGUCUAAAAUAAAGCGUGGCGUAAUAAGCCUAACAACAAAAACUGAAAAUUUAACACGAAAAUUUCAAAUAUUAUUAAAUGUAAUUGUUGUUAGUAUAAAUGUAUGUAUGUAUGAAUUGUACGCAUAGUAGAUAAAUGAAACUCGAAAUUAGUGAAUAAUAUUUUUUGCAACUUUCAAUUUGCAUAUGUAUGUAUAUAUGUAUUUGUGUAUGUGUAUGUUGUAAAAUAUAGGUUUUUGUACGCGUUUGGUUUAUACGCUUUAAAAUAUAAAUACAAUCCAAUUCGAUUCGAUUCGAUCAAAUUCGAAACACCGUGACUCCAAAAAUAAUUUUCAAUGAAUUACUGCAAUUAAAUUCUAAUUGAAAUAAUAUGUAGUAAAUCAAUCAAAGCCAAAUACAGAAUGAUACACAAUAAAUUUAAAUUUAAAAAAUAUACAUAAUUAUUUAAAAUAUAUGGUAUUAAAAUAAAACUGUAGUAGUAAGUUGUAUACAAUUUUGUUCUCCAAUUACUUUUCACAAGGCGAUUUUAAAACGUCCGUUACAAUAAGUUGUACACAUCGGCAGCAAAAUUUCGAUUUUAAUUGUUUCAUAAGAAAACAUUUAUUUUCACUAAACAAUAAAUUAAGUUUCGAUAAUUUGUAUUUUAUAAGCAAAAGGAUUUUUUAAAUAGUCUCUAAGCGAAUGGACUAGUCAAAUAAAUGAAUAAAUAUUUAAUGAAAAUAUA